AUGGCAUUUCCUGCCAACCCCAUAUACGCCAGCAAGGACUUCGUCAACUGGCGGUUGGCCAGCAAUGCUGUCAAUAGGGUCUCUCAGUUCCCCAUCAUCCGAAGCGGAACUCAGGGCAACGGCGGAGGCAUGUUCGCGAACACACUGCGCUAUCACAAUGGCACAUUUUACCUCAUCUCAACCUGGGCGAGUGAGGAACUGGGAGGGCCGAGGUUCGUCAUGUUCACAUCCAGAGAUCCGUUCGACGACCUUGCCUGGUCAGAUGCCAUUUGGCCGCGGACGCCUGGGUACACCAUUGACCCUGACAUUUUCUUCGACGAUGAUGGCUCUGUGGUUGUCGCCUCGGCCGGCGCUCCAAUCAUCGCGGCCUAUCUCGAUCUUUCGACCGGAAAUACGAGUGAACCAUGGGAACUAUGGGGAGGAACUGGAGGUGCAAGCGCCGAGGGCCCGCACUUGUACAAGAAAGAUGGGUAUUAUUACCUCCUCAUUGCUGAAGGCGGGACGCAACUCAACCACUCCGCGACCAUCGCCCGAUCCAUGAGUCUUCGAGGUCCCUGGGAAGCAGCACCUGCGAACCCAUUGGUGUCGAACAAGAACACCGACGAGUACUUCCAAACCGUUGGCCACGCAGAUCUGUUCCAAGACUCAGAAGGAAACUGGUGGGGUGUUGCGUUGUCGACUCUCUCUUGGCCUGAAGGGUCAUGGCCUAUCGCUGACCAGGUCAAGGGUCAGAUGAGCGGCCCGCUCCCAGAGAAGUCCUCGAUUUUUCGGGGUCUAGGGCCCUCCGUAGGCGAAGCGGACAUCGUGGACUUUGAGCCAGGGUCCGCGCUACCUUCGCACUGGGUCCACUGGAGAGCCCCUUUCGAUGCGAACGAUUUCGCGGUCUCACCGAAGGGUUUCGAGAACACACUUCGACUCACGGCUUCUCGAGCGAAUCUCACCACCGAUGCCAAGUUCAACGCCUCAACCGAAGGCGUGACAGCCGUAUUCCGACGGCAAGAGCAUACAAUCUUCAACUUCACAGCUGACAUUCAUCUCGGUUUCGGCAAGUCAGCCGAAGACGAGGUCGGCGUGUCCAACUUCGGCACGCCGAAUCAGCAUGUUGACGUUGGAGUGGUAUACCUGGAAGCCGCGUCUGACAGCGCCACAACGUUCCGUUUACGAGCCAAUGGGCUGGUAAUCUUCCUUGAUACGUGGCUCGACAAGCCCUCUAUCCUACCAAAGUAUCUGGACAUUGAUGAAGUUACGGAAGCAGACUACAUCUUCAUUUCGCAUGCUCACUUCGACCACCUACCUGGUGCCGAUCGGAUCGCAAAGAAGACGGGCGCCAUGGUGAUUGCCAACGGCGAAGCCAUCAACCUUCUGCGAUCUGCAGGUGUUCAUGAAUCCCAGCUGCUCCCCGUGGCCGGUGGAGAAAGAAUCCCGCUGUUCACUAAGGCCGACCGUGAUGCUGCAACGGCUGGUGAGAUUCCUCUCACCAACGGACCUCCCGGGGCACCGCCCAGACCACAUCAUUCUCGCGCCGUCAUCUCCGCUCAUGUAUGGCCGUCUUUACAUGCAAUGAUGCCGGGAAGUGGACACCACGACAUCCCUGAUGAGAUCGACACUGGGACCGAAUACACUGGAGAAGCGACGCCGUACGCCUGUACACUUGAUGUCACGAUGGGCAUGAAGUACGGGCUUCUAAGACUGAAGGAUAUCGUGCCACCGGAGCACAUGGAUAAGGGGAUGGUCUCAUUUGCCGAAUACAUAGCCGAUCGAGAGCGCCACGUAUUCUCCCACUACGAUGGCGGCCAGCUUGCUUUCAACUUCCUCAUCGGUCCCGGGAAGACCCUCUUCUGGAACGGUCAUCUGGGUGGUUACGAGGGGCUGAUGAAGACAAUUGAGCCGGCCCCUGACGUCGCCAUACUUGCCAUUGCAGGAAGAGCAAAUCUCAACGGUCGACCUUACAACGGAUCCGCAGCUUCGUUUGCGGUGGAGGAAAUUAAGUGGCUGUCGCAACCGAAAAAGGUCAUCUGGUGUCUCCACGACGAAGGCGCGAUUAAGCCCUUCAGAGUAAACACCGCCGCUGCCACUGCCAUGGUCCAUGCAGAAACCUCGACAAAGGUGGAUGACCUGUCCUUCGCGACUCCGGCACGACUAUUCUAA